AUGGCCAAAGUUGGAUUAGCAUUCUCUGGUGGUGGGAUCCGGUCAGCGUCAUUCUGUUCCGGUGUCCUGCGCAGACUACUCCAGAAGAAAGCCAAUGUAGAUUUCCUAAGCUGCGUGUCAGGGGGUGGUUACACAGGUACUGCGUACUUGGACUGGAAGUACCGGAAUGGCAAAAAGGACUCGCCAGAGUGGCAUCGGGAAUUCUUCGAGCAUCUGCGAAGUCGAAGCGGUGCCUUUUGCAAUUGGCAAAAGCCCUGCCAAGGAAUUCUGGAUUCUGUCAUACUGUUCACGAUGACAGUAUUUGUGGCCUUAAUCAUCCCCUUUCUAUUGUGGUCUUCUUACGCAUGUCCACUUGCUUUUGUGAUCGACUUCUUGUUUGGAAAGAUUCUUCGUGGCGGAGGUAAACCUUGCUCAAAGGUGGUCCAACGGAAUCCAAAUAUGACCAUUAAAGAAUGCCGUGUAGAACGACUUACCUCCCCUAUUAUUUACAAGCAAUUCGCCCUGUUUGCAGCACCUAUUGUUGUAGCUGUAUUAUCCAGUGCCAUCAAAGGUUUAUUUACCAAAGGAAAAGGCCUGUUCACAUUCCUCUCUACGUCCGGUUUCGUCUUUUUUGGUUUGGUUUUCAUUCCUUGGUUCAUUGACGAAUUUCUUCACUUGAUUCCAAUGUGGAUGAAAUUUCUUAUCAUCCUGCCCACAUUUUUUCUUUGGUUUUCGUUUCCGCUCAUGCGCAAGAAUGCCACUCUCGUUCUUGUGAUUUACAUCUACUCCUUUGUAAUUAACUGGAAAGUUUUCAAUGGUCGCGUAUUCAGCUUAGAGUACAAUGACGAGUUGUUCAGUUCUCUGAUGGGUGUGUCUACUGUUCUUUUGUGGAUUGCGCCUAUUAUAGGAACAAUACAGCAGCGCAUUGGCCACGUUUACAAUAGGUUAGUUUCGUUUAUUGUGAUAAUUAAUAAUUUCAAACUUUUUUAAGAUUAAGGGAAAAAUCAGCUUUGGCCUCGAGAAAAAAUUAUCAAGAUAAUAUCAUAGGUGACGAAUUACUCCUUAAUUUUGGCGCGAAAUUUCAGCGUUAAUUUAUAAUUUCACAUGUGAAAUUACAAAAUUGCCAUGGCAACCCUUUCGUACAACUCAGUGUCAAGAUGGCGACGAAGUUCUAAAACGCCGUGAAUGAUGAUGUCAGGGCACAAAAAGACGCUUUAGAAAACCUGAACACUCAAGAGAACAUCAAGGAGGAUUCUAACAGGUAUCUUGCCGAAAAAUUCUGAAAAUUUCUGAAUUUUAUAAGUCAAAUUUAAGGUCUAAACGUUUGAGAGAGUAGAGUUCUCGAUCGAUACGAUCCAGGAUAAACAUGUAAAAGAUCGAAGAUUGCUAACGUAAUUCGUCACCUGUGAUAUUAAUAGGUAAUCAAAUGGUAUACUCGUGAAAUUAGGGAAUAAUUCCACUUGCGUUUUGUCUAAAUCGUAAUAAUUUUCCUCGCCUAAAGGCUCGGGAAAUUAUUACGAUUUGGACAAAACGCGCGUGAAAUUAUUCCCUAAUUUCACUCGUCACCAUUUGAUUACACAUACAAAUCAAAUUUUUAAUUUGAGAUUAUUAGAGGAGACCUCAUAUCUUUAAGUACAGACUGGAUCAGUGCACUCUGGAGCCCAUAACUCCGGAGAGAGCAACUUACAUGCGCUUGUGUCACGGCGUGUUCACCGACCAGUUUAUUUUCAGAAAGAUGUUGGGGCGACUUUAUAAUAUCUUCUAAGUCCUAGAAACUAGUCAACGAAACAUACAGACCUGAAAAUAGUAUUUUUGAUCUUUUAAAAAACGUUAAGUUUUCCUAUUUGAUAUCUUCAUACUUCAAAUGUCCUCAUUAAUAAAAUCCUUUAAAUAUCCGCUAAGAGUCCUCAAAGCAAACAUAGAGCAUAGGAGUAAAGGGAUUGAGUUUAUGAUCGGAUAAAUAUAAUUUUUUUUGACAAGUAGUGGUUGUACAGGUUUAUUUCACCAAGGCUGAAAUCAUAAUAAGCCAAACCUUUGCCCGACGUUUCUUUUCCUGGUUAAUAUUGUAUAUUAAAAAAAUUAAAUUAUAACAAUAUACAGGAUUUGUUGACCGAGUGCUAACGUUUUCCCUAAACUACAUAAUUAAUUGACACAGGUGGCGUAUCCAAAGAGCUUUCUAUACACCGUCAAGCGUAGGUACAUGGGGCUGUGGAGGAAUAUCAUGGCGAGAUCUGUUCUUGCGUUGCCCAACGUGCAGUCCACACAUGCAGCGCAUCAACCUCAGCCGAGCACUGACCUUGGAGGACCUUGAUGACGUAAAGCCCAUUUACAUAGGCGGGAUCACAGUCAAUAAAUGGCGACGAACCACCUCCCCUAAAGAACUAGAGUAUGAACUCUUAACGAUGUCGCCAAAUGGAAUUGAACGACUGGACCGACCUCUUCACGAAAGUGAGUUUGUUGGCAAGUUGAUGCCUAUGGAUGUGUUCUUAUCUGACGCAAUGGCAACGUCAGCUGCCGCUGUCGAUCAUCACAUGGGAGCCUAUGAAGGAGAUGACGCAUCCUUUAAAGACUUAAAGGUUAUGCUUGGAAUCUCGAUGGGGACGGCGGUCGUUGCUGACGAGAGGCACGAGGGAAAAAGGAAUUGUUUAAUCCAGGUGGAUAAAUAAACAUUUUUAAUCUAGAAUAAAAUGACUGAUUGACUGAAGAUUUGACAUGCCAUUUUUACAUUACUUCAUUUAUGUAGUUCUGUGCCACGCAAAAGACAUUACAAAACAGUGCCCGGAUUCAGACCCUGAGAAAGGGGUGGUGGGCAGUCGUCCAGACCCUUAGAUAAGUAGGGGGCCCGUUCUCUCCUCCGGGCCCCUCCUCCUGGAUCCGCCACUGCAAAAGUAGCCUGAAAAACUGCCGUCUCUCCUCACCUCCUCCUCCUCUCGGGUGGAAAAACAUCCCUAGCGGCGAGGAGUGUAGCCUCCCACCCAGGCGUUUUUAGCGGAGCUUGUUUUUCAACCCUCCCCACAAACGAGCUCCCCUAAAAACGCCUGCGUGGGAGGAUACGAGGAGUGAGGAUUACGGCGAAACAUUCAGAGAGGUGUUGCGUGACAACGACGGCAGGCUUUUGGGGACCUGGGUCAGAGUAAUGGCUGUUGUUGGUUUAGAGCUCUGUUUGAUGUACUUAGCGUAAUAUAUAUAGAUUAAGCCAAGGCUAAAAGCGAAGCUCUCGUUAACAUACUUAUAGUGUACUCAAUGGAAAAGUUACAUCCUGUCAUGCUCAGAACGGCGACGGCAACGAGAACGGCAAUUGGUCUGAUAAGCAAAAAUACAACUUUGCACAUGCAGCACACUUGAAACAGUGACAUAAGACAGAUAAAAUGGCGACAAAUGGCACAAACAUGGGCGAAAACUGCGACAGCGACGAUGAAAUGCACAAAAAAAAAUUAAAAUUGUAAAUUGCUUGUUUAACCACGAAGCACACAUAGGAGUUCAUAUGAACUCGUUUAAACGUGUUCGUACGUUCCAGAUCGAAUUGGAAUUUGGAAGUGUUGGUUUUUGAGGAGAGGGGAAAACCGGAGUACCCGGAGAAAAACCUCUCGGAGCAAGGGAGAGAACCAACAACAAACUAAACCCACAUAUGGCGUCGACGCCGGGAGUUGAACCCGGGCCACAUUGAAGUUAGGCGAGCGCUCUCACCACUGCGCCACCCUGCGCAAAUACAAUUGUAGUAAAAUACCGACAGGGACAUGGCUUCCUCCUCAACACGAGAAGCGAGAGCCUUUGAGAUUCAGACUAGGGAAAAGUAAAUCCCCCCACCCCUCCCCCUAACAAAACCUCAUUAAUAAUUUCUCUGUUUUUAAUUACUUUUUCUCAGUUUUUGCCGCUUGUCAUAGAAGUACUUCGUAUCCUGCCACUGAUGCUUUGUUUGAUUCUCUACUGGCAAACUGGUCGGAGAAGGUACUUGGUUAUUGGAAUCUUGACGUUCUUUGGUCUGCUGAUAUUACUCACGCUCACCGCACUAAUACCCACUGGCAGCAAAAAUCCGGGACGACUGGAACGGAUUGCCAGGUAGAUUACUUCGUUCACUUGACAAAUGACGUUGAAAUACUAACUUGUUUUUAAGUUUUGAAGUUUGUAUCAUUAACCCAAUAUUUUAUAAACACAAUGAUAAAAUAAGAGUUAACCCACGGAGGACGUCGCCCUUGGCCUAGAGACAAAUUUAAUUCAAAAGUUGAAAGAGGUGGAUACUAGGCAGAGUGUUUUAUCACCGUCAAAACGGAGAUACAGGGUGCUAAGAUCCAGUGGACCUCCCAUAUUCAAGCUACUGGAAAUAGGUAUGUGCAUGCCACGCGUAUAAAAUGGUAUCAUCGAUAUCAAGGUACCCAGUCUUUAAAACAGGCUCUACUUUUUAAUCAGGAUUGUGGUCCCAUCGCAAGAUACCUAUAAGAGCACUAGACCAAAGUAGUAACUUUCAUGAAACCUCAACUGCCGGGUCAUUGUAUCUUAUUUUAAAAAAGUCUUGGUUAAAGAAUCAUAAAAAGCAACACCAAUAACAGUUGCAGAAACAUACACAAUCUGUUUAUCCAAUCUUGCGUUUUCUGUUUUUUCUUAUAAAUAUAGGGCAUGAUUUUUCGAUUUUCCUUCCCUCUAAAAAAGUCGUGCUGAAUAAAGACCGUUCCUGGUACUUACCUUUCCUGAAUUGAGAGAACGGGUCAAAUGUUACUAAGCUUACUUAACCCUAACGACUAACCAAUCGCUUCUUUGUAGAUGGUUCACCAUAAACGUCGCUUACGUCAGCUUUGUCCGUAAAACCAUUGGUGUGACGAAUCUAGGUCCCAAUCCACCGCCCGUCUUACGCCUGAGUGAUGGCGGCCAUAUUGAAAACCUUGGGAUCCUUCCUCUUCUCAAGCUAAGACUGAAAAAGAUUGUUGUCGUCAAUGGUGGACGCACAAUUUGUGACGAAGCUUAUGGUGCAACUUUAUUGGCCUCUUUCGAUAUGGCCAGAAAAAAGCUAGGUUGUUCAUUUUCGGGAAUGGAUGGACGAGACAUUGCGGAGGAUAUACAAGACAAAUUUGUGAAUCAACCUCCAGGAUCACAGCCAAGCAGUUACCGGUAAUUUAAAAGUAAAAAUCUUUAAACGUGUAGAAUUUUUGUGCGGGAAAAUAAGUAGCGAGAAGGUUCAUGUAAUGGCGCUUAAAACCAUCAAAAUGCGAAUAUUUAAUUAACCUGGGAUGGGUAAUACAGUUUCGGACAGUUGAACCUUAAUGUGUGACAAUCUCUCGUAAGCGACCACCUCCCAUAAGCGACUACUAAUAUAAAACACCAAUUUCCCGGUCAAAGCCUUGUUGGAAUCUUUUGUAAAUGACCAUUUAUCAUAAGCGACCCCGAUUAUUUUUUGGGAUGACGAUUUUACUAUUCUCCAUUGUUUAAACCUCUUUCCAUUAAACUAAAGUAGACUGCUCUUGAAAUCCGUUUUUGCGUCGUUUUGUUCUGAAAACGGGUAUGCACUUUGCCCAUUUUUGUCUGGGUAUGGUUUUUGAGUGAACUGCGGGAGUGUACCUAUGAACGUAUUUAUCGUUUCAAUUCCAGAUGAGUAAGAAAGAAAGAGAAAUAUGCGAAUUCGAAAUGAAUUUGGAGAUUUUUUUUGUCUGCACUCUAAUCGAAGUAACGAUAACAUAAUUUCUGCCUAAAGACCAGGUCUGAAAACGGGUAUGGAUUUUAGAGGUAUGGUUUGAAAACGGGUGUGGAAAAUUACAUUUUCUGGUUUGAAAUAGGGUCAAGAUUUGGAGAACCGGGCGGCACACCCCCACCAAGAAUUCCCAGGAGUUCCCCCCCCCCUCCCGUACUAUACUACUCAGAACAUAUAGAGAAUACUUCAUGGAAAGUGCUGGCGUACGGUAUUUACGCACGAGUUGUUGACGUAUCAGAAAUCGAACGAGUGAGCGCAGCGAACGAGUAAGAUUUCUGAUACAAAAACGAGUGCGUAAAUAUCGUACAAAGCACUUUCCAUGUGGUAUUGUGUUUAUUAUAUACAUACCGAGACAUUCAUCAUUUUGGCGGCCUUUUUAUUUUAAAUCUUUCAAAAAUGCUUAUUUGCCGCUACACACUUGCCGCAAAAUGACAAAGAAAACGAAGUAUCAGCUUUUUAGUACAAACGUUUGUUAAAAACAUAAAUGACGGUAAGGAUAUGAGGUAAUCCAAGAACUAUAAGUAAUCUUAACUGUUUGUUGUCAAUGCACAAUUGAAAAUGAGUAAAUUUAAGUAAAAUGGCCGGUUUCAAUAUAAGCUUAAGCUUAAAUGAAAGGCAAAGUAGCUCCGACAAAAAGCACAACAAAAGCUUACGUCUCGUUCUGUUUUUCCCUUUCCGCUGUUGUUUCGCCGGCUCUCUACCGUUUUCUUUAUCGACAGUGAAACAAACGAAACUAUUCCACUCCAUUUCCGAAAUGUUUUUCACUUUUUUAGCAAAAAACUCUUUGAGUAAAAUUUUUCUCGUUGAAUGUGUGCGAAGCGGCGCUGCAAACUGCAAUAAGAGGCGGGAAUUUUGGCGCGAAACUCACACACCUCUGUGGCCUCUGAUUGGACGUAUCAUUUUUCUCACACGUGAAAAAACAUCGUUCGCGAUUCUGAUUGGACGUAUCAUUUUUUUCACGUGUGAAAACCAUCGUUCGCUCCUCUGAUUGGCUAGAACUAAUUUGCGUACGAAAAUUUACGACAUAGCUUUUUGGUGAGUAUUUCUCAGUAUGUAUAUAAUAACAGUAUAUACGAAGACCUCUCAGUGAUAACAUGGAACUAACCAUAUCGUAACUUAAAAAGAGUCUUAACAUUGCGAAUGAGCACUCACGGGAGGUUUGACAGUCAGUUAUUUGCUUUAGUCCUGCCUCCCCCCCCCCCCCCCCCCGGGCCCCCCUCCCCUUUUUUCCCCCCCCCGGAACCCUUCCUUCCUGUUCCUUUGUCUCUUUUACUUUUUUAAAAUGUAAAGUGUGGGUUGUUUUUUUGGGAUUUUUUCAAUGAUUAAAUAAAAAACAAAUAUUAAAAAAACCCUCCGUGAAAAACAAGAAAAAACCCAAUUCUAAAUUUAAAAAAGAGCUUAAAUUUCGGAAGGGCCCCCCCCGGGGGGUUUAACGGCCGGUUUUUUUCUUUUCUCCUCCCCCCCCCCCCCCCCCCUCCCCCGGGGCUCUAGUCCGCUUUAUUCCCUAGCAAGGAACCAUUCCUUCUAGAUCGUGUAUACAUUUACCUUUGUGAAAUGAGAAGUUGGUGAUUAUUUCUUAGGUUUAAAGUUCACUACUACGACAAGGAUCCCAGCGGAUAUGGUAAAACGAAAGUUGGUGAAGGUGAUAUACUCUUCAUCGCUCCCCGACACCCCGACAAGACAGUGCAAAAGAAGGCAAACGAAACUUGGGGAGAGGUGUUGCGUGACAUUGACGUUGAUCUCGAAGCUGGCCUUUGGGGACCUGGUCCAGAGCUGUCAGGAGAAGAAGUCGAUCGUCUGACGUUUUGUUGCUGUGAGGGUUGUCAUGGUGUCAAGUGUCGAGGCUUGUCAGAGUGGAUGUGUGGUGCGUUUCCCCAGCAUUCAACAGCCAAUCAGUUCUAUACACCUGCCAUGUUUACAGCGUAUCAUAGAGAGGGUUACCGCGCUUGUAUGGAAGCGAAUGCAAUCGAAUUCCUUGCUGAAUCCCAGGGACCGCGAGAAGAUGCGGCAAAGGCGUAUGCGACAAUGUAAAAUGACCCAUUUACAACAAGUACAUCUAUACCACUCUGGUGUCGGGUGAUCUAUGGAUUUUAUUGAACGGUGUAUGUGGAAAAUAAUGUACACUAAAAUCGAAUUACAAGAAUGUAUGAUCAGAAUUAAGUUAUUCUAAAACACAUAAAACAUAAAGGCGUGAUCAGCUUAGGAAUAUAUUUAUGCCAUGAGCUUUCCACUGAGUGAAAAGCUGUUGUAGUUGUCAGGUUUAUAUUUGGUAAGUAUCCUGCUAUCCGUAAGAUUUAAGCUACUAUAUUAUUGUAACAGUAAAAGGCAGAAUAUAGUCAAACAAAGUGAUAAGCUUCCAAAAUAACUUUUCAAAAAAAGUUUCGGUUAUAGUGUAGCGGUAUUUUGGAACAGUUAACCAUCUUCACCGGACUCAUAAGAAAGGCAUCGUCACGUGCACUGACUAGUUUCAAAUCUAGAAUUUGUUGUCACAUUUCCUAGAGUACCGUAAAUCCUCUACUGAGCCCCCCAGGGGGCUUACUUAUUUCAAGCCCAUUUAAGGGGGAAGGGGGGGCUUAAUAGAGACGGG